UCGAUAUUAGUACCGCAGCGAACAGCUGCUAUAGAAGAUAAUCACAAAAUUGUUUUUGUUGGCGUUUUCCAAUUUUCUUCAUUUGUAACUAAAUUAAUCACAUGCAUACAAAUGUCUGCCGCGACAAAUGAAACAAACUGAAAAUGCUUAAAUAGCAACAGCAAUUGUAUUAAACUCUGCAAUCAUGGCAACUGAUGAACAGGAGCAGCAAACUGAUGAAAUUGCGAUUCCAGCAAACGUCGAGCAACAAAUUGACGAUUGGCGUUUAUGGUGUCGACUUUGUGCUAAGAAUGAUGCGGAGGGUAACAUCAAUGUGUUCCUCAAGAGUGAACAGACAGCACCUGGCGACAUGGCGUUGGCCACAGCAAUUGGAAAAUACUUUUGGGUUAAUAUCACACGCAACGAAGAACUGCCGGAGAUGAUUUGCAGCGAGUGCUUGUCGCUGGUCACUUCGCUGGUAAACUUCUCAGAACGCAUAACACGGGUGCAAAAGCUUUAUUGUAUACUGCAGAGCACGGCCAAGGAAUCCAUUAAUCUGCUGGAGUUGCGCGCCAAGUUUGGUUUGCUAGAGGACCAGGAGCAGGAAGAGCAGACCGAGACCCUUACAGAGGUGCACUAUGUGGAAGAGAAGCCCAAGCUCAAUGAGCUGGAGGAGGCGACGUUAGAGUUGGAGAAUCCGCUCACGCCGUGCAGAGGAAACGUGGAUAAAUUGGAGCUAAAUGAUAGGGAGCUGGAGCAGGAGGAGGAAGGCAGAGAUGCUGCAGAGGAUGCAGUAGAGGACGAAGAGCCGGCAGAGGAAUAUGAAGAAGCCAGCACCGAGUUGCUUUUGAAUCUAUAUGAGGCAUUUAGUAACGCGGAUAGCGACGAGAGCAGCUCAAGCGUCAAGCAGCAGCCUGGCAAACUCAAAGAUGCCCCCAAAACACAUCAGUGCAGCGAGUGCACACGCAGCUACGCCUUGCCACAAACGUUGCAGCGACACAUACGGCAAGAGCACGCUAAGAGCGAGCGGGAAACGAAGCUGCUGCCUUGCGAACAAUGCGACAAGAUGUUUCGCUCGCAUUAUCAGCUCCAGCGGCAUAUGCAACAGCAUCUGCCGAUGCCCAAGCGCAAGCUCUAUCCCUGCCCCAGUUGUGGCAAGAAGUUCACCACGAAUGCGUCGGCACAAUCACAUGCUCAGUACAUGCAUCAAGAGGAGCGUCCGCGUCCAGUGAUCUGUGAACAGUGCGGCAUUGCGGUCCAUUCGUUGAAUGCGCUCAAGGAACAUCUGCUCAGCCAUACGGACUAUGCGCCCUACGAGUGUGAGGUGUGCAAAAAGUGCUUCAAGAGCGUAAGUCGAUUGAAGCACCACAAGGAGACGCAUGAUCCGCAUAAGUACAUUUGUCCCGAGUGCGGCAUGCAACUGAAUUCGCGUCCCACGUUGAAUCGCCAUCGUCUCGUGCACACGGAUCAAAUGCAGCACAAGUGCGAUUAUUGUGGGCGAGAAUUCAAACGUGCCAAGGCGCUGAAGAAUCAUCUCAUCCUGCACACUGGUCUGAAGCCGUACUCUUGUGACUUUUGUGAUCGCACAUUUGCCAAUGGCUCCAAUUGUCGCACGCACAAGAAGAAGGCGCAUCCCGAGGAGUUGGCCGCCCAGGAGGCAGCUGGAGGUGGCAAGAGCUACAACCGCAACAUACCCAAGCUGGAGGCACUGAAGGCAUUCACCAAGAACAAGGACAACUUGUCGCCGGUGGCCACGAAGCAGAGCGGCUGCUUUGCCUUUGGGAAGAAGCCCAAGAUGCAGCAGCAGCUGCUAAAAACCGAAGCUGCCACAGUGCUGCAACCCGUCCAAACUGCGGCAGCUGCAGCAGCAGCAGUUGCAACCGUCAUAAACACGAUACCCACCAUCGAGAACAUUUACAAUCACAUUAUGAAGCAGACACCCGAUAUGCCGACCCAGGAGCAACAACAACAGCAGCAAUUGGUGUUGUCGAGUGAUGGCAGCGCCACCAUAAUGAGUGUCCAAGAGGAGCAACAGGAGCUGGCGGAGCAUUCAAAUGCCGCCACCCAAAUGUUUUCUUACUAGAAACAAAGGUUUUCUUAGAUAA